CUUUCCCUUCUUUCUACCUUUCUUUGUGCGAACGAAAAUGGGGCACUCUCUCUCCAUCUCAACGCUGUGCCCUAUUCUCAUUCUCUCUCUGCUUCUUCUCUCUUCCGACGCCGACAAUCUCCGGUUAAAUUUUCCGGCGAAGAAGCUCAUCAGAGACCUUAACCUUUUCCCUCCCGAAGAUGUCAAUAUCGUUUGCCAUUCAAAUUCUAACGCCAACAAAAUCGUCGAGAAACCGCUCAGGUUCCCUAACUUACUUCCUUCAGCUUCGGACUCUGAGGUCUCCAUCGAUGACUUGGCUCAUCGUGCUGGCUAUUAUCCUAUUCAGCAUUCUCAUAAUGCAAGGAUGUUCUACUUUUUCUUUGAAUCACGGAACAGCAAGAAGGAUCCUGUUGUGAUUUGGUUGACUGGGGGGCCUGGUUGUAGCAGUGAAUUGGCUGUGUUUUAUGAGAAUGGUCCUUUCAAAAUUGCUGACAACAUGUCCCUUGUUUGGAAUGAUUAUGGUUGGGACAAGGUAUCUAACCUUCUUUAUGUUGAUCAACCAACUGGAACUGGCUUUAGUUACAGCACCGACAAGCGUGACAUCCGUCAUGAUGAAGAGGGCGUGAGCAAUGACCUGUAUGACUUUUUACAGGCUUUCUUUGCUGAACACCCUGAGUACGCAGAAAAUGACUUUUUUAUUACGGGUGAAUCAUAUGCCGGACAUUAUAUUCCAGCUUUUGCAGCUCGUGUCCAUAGGGGAAAUGAAGCUAAAGAAGGAAUUCAUAUAAACCUGAAGGGAUUUGCCAUUGGCAAUGGACUUACUGAUCCUGGGAUUCAGUAUAAAGCUUACCCAGAUUAUGCACUGGACAUGGGCAUAAUUAAGCAGGCCGAUUAUGAUCGCAUUAACAAAGUGAUGGUUCCUGCCUGUGAAUUGGCAAUAAAACUAUGUGGUACUGAUGGAAAAAUUGCAUGCACAGCUUCCUAUUUUAUCUGUAAUACCAUAUUCAAUUCUAUCAUGUCACAUGCUGGCGAUAUCAAUUAUUAUGACAUUAGAAAGAAGUGCGACGGGAGUCUUUGCUAUGAUUUCUCAAACAUGGAGAAGUUCUUGAACGAUAAAUCUGUCCGGAACGCACUAGGGGUUGGGGAUAUUGAUUUUGUGUCUUGUAGUUCUACAGUUUAUCAAGCUAUGCUGGUGGAUUGGAUGAGGAAUCUUGAAGUUGGUAUUCCUGCCCUUCUAGAUGAUGGAAUCAGUUUGCUUGUGUACGCUGGGGAAUAUGAUCUUAUCUGCAACUGGCUCGGUAAUUCAAGGUGGGUUCAUGCCAUGGAGUGGUCUGGUCAGAAAGAAUUUGUAGCCUCACCCGAAGUUCCUUUCACAGUUGAUGACUCAGAAGCUGGAUUGUUGAAGAAUUAUGGACCUUUAAGUUUCCUUAAGGUACAUGAUGCGGGUCACAUGGUUCCAAUGGACCAGCCAAAGGCUUCGUUGGAAAUGCUGAAAAAGUGGACUCAGGGAACCCUUUCUAAAUCUGGAGCUGAUGCUGAAAAAUUGGUUGCUGAGAUGUAAUCUCUUCUAUUGCUAUUAGUCCAUAUAGAUAUGUAUAAUGCAAUAAAGUGAACAAAAAAAAUUAAGUGACCAAUGUGUUUUCCCCACUGACCUCAACUUAUUCUGAUGUCUCGAGAUAGCGCAGUGGGUAGAGUUGUUUGGCAUAUGAUAAGAGUUCCAAAGUUUCAAUUUCGUAAAGAACUUUGUAUACGUAUUAACAGAGAGAAAAUGAGGUUUCAAUCCAUCUGGAUCCACUCAGCACUUUGUUCUUCCAAACGGGAGCAUUUGAAAGUGCCUCGUCAUUUAUACUG